AAUGGAUAUUUUAAAUGCAAGGAAUAUGGCGGAUAAAUUUGGCCUUCUAGCAAUUUUACAAACUUUCAAAGAUAACCGUGUCAAAAAGUCCUAUUACUUGUCGGUAUUUUAAAAGUUAUGUAAGGCUAAAUCACGCUUGGAAUUCUUGCCACUGUAAUGAUAUUGUACUUUAUUUGAAAGGAUCGCUAUCGUCGUUUGAAGUUUGGAAAGUCGAGAGAUGCUAAAGGGUGAUAAAGAUAGAUUGUAGCAAACUCCAUAUACUUUUUAUAUUCGAUUAUCGAGGACGGUUUGGAAAGUCGGAAUAUAUAGCAAUGUUUCGCGGGGUGAACUUCAAGCAAAGAGUGUUCUAUCUUAUUGUCAUUCUUUUAAUUUUAGCUGCAUUUUUCAUAAUAUUAUGGUCCGACAAUGAUGAAAGUAAUUUACCCCCAGAAACUGAUAGCCAAGAGACAACCGAUUCUCAAAUUAUUGCUUCCAAUGUUCCGUUGCCCUUGCCAUCGAACGAAAAUUGCCGCAUGCACACAAAUGAUUGUUUCAAUAUCUAUCGUUGUGGCUAUAAUGAGGAUGAUAAAAUUAGUGUUUAUAUUUAUCCAUUUAUAAACUACUUUGACGAGAAAGGCGCACAGAUUUCGCCAUCGUUUUCCAAAGAAUUUUAUGACCUUGUAACAGCUAUUAAGGAAAGCAAAUAUUAUACUUCAAAUAUGGAGAAGGCAUGUAUUAUUGUGCCACCGUUGGACAUGCUCAAUCAAAGAAGAAUUAAACCUAGAAACGCUGGACAGAUAUUAAGUAGUUUGCCAAGUUUGGCAAAGAAGCAAGCUAUCAGUUUUCCUUACAAACUAAUUGCCCCUGAACAUAUACUUACAUAUGUCACAACUCAAAGAGACUUUGGUGAUCAACUACUGUGUGCUUCAAGCUGGAGACAGCUUGACCAUGGAAAAAACCAUCUUAUCUUCAACAUGUUUCCAGGCCAGCAUCCAGACUUUAAUACAAGCUUAGAUGUUGAAACAGAUAAAGCCCUUCUUGGCUGUGGUGGAUUUUCAUCCUGGUCUUAUCGACCAACAUUUGAUAUCAGUAUACCAGUCUUUAAUUCAUUAACAAGACUCGCUGUCAGCGAUGAAUCUAUUCAAAACCCCAGCAAAGGCGGCAAAAAAUGGUUUCUUCUGUCGACUCAAGUAAACUAUAAUGCACAGUUUAGAUCGACGCUUGAAAAAAUAGCUUCGUUGAAAACGGGGGUUCUGGUUUUAAAUCGUUGUUUGAAUGAUGACAAAAUGUAUUCGCGGUGUUACGGGAAUGUUCAGUAUAAGUAUCCACACGUGCUACAGUCUUCUACAUUCUGUAUGGUAAUUCGUGGCGUCCGGUUGGGCCAAACAACGUUGUUAGAUAUUUUAAUGAUGGGCUGUAUUCCAGUGAUCAUUGCUGACAACUACGUUUUGCCUUUCUCCGAAGUUAUUGACUGGGCAAGGGCAGCAGUGAUUGUACGCGAAGAUCAGAUCGCGGACGUGUAUAUGAUUUUGAUGACCUAUACUUCAGAUGAAAUUACCGAUAUGAAAAAACAGGUGAAACAUCUUUGGGUUAACUACUUUAGUUCGAUGAAAACGAUCGCGCUUACCACGAUCAAGAUUAUUAACGACAGAGUGUUUCCAAAUGCUGCUUGGUCCUACGAGGAUUGGAACACUCCAAACAUCCCUUCAACUGGCAAAGCUGAGAACAUACUUCACCCCCCAUUUACAAUCCCACUUAUUUCCCCGAAGCAAAAAGGUUUUACAGCUGUGGUCUUAACGUACGAUCGCGUAUCUAUGUUGUUCCGGGUGUUGAAACAGCUUGUGCAGGCACCAAGCCUUGCAAAGAUAGUGGUUGUGUGGAACAAUGUCAACAAGGCACCACCUCUAGAGUCAGAAUGGCCCAAACUUUCAAAGCCAAUCGAAGUUAUUGAAACCAAAGCAAACAAGCUUAGCAACAGGUUCUUUCCGUAUAAUGAAAUUGAAACGGAGGCAAUUUUUUCGCUGGAUGAUGAUAUUGUUAUGUUGACAGGUGAUGAAAUACAGUUUGCUUUUGAGGUUUGGUUAGAAUAUCCAGACAGGCUGGUUGGGUUUCCUGGUCGUCUUCACACAUCAGGCAAUUCUUCCAGUCGACUUAAGUAUGAAUCAGAAUGGUUAAAUGAUGUCUCGAUGGUUUUGACUGGCGCCUCCUUCCACCACAAGUAUUUCAGUCAAGUCUUCACCUAUAUGAUGCCUGCAACUAUUCGAAGGUGGGUUGACAAGCACAUGAACUGUGAGGAUAUCGCGAUGAAUUUUCUAGUGGCAAACUAUACUGGGAAGGCACCGAUCAAGGUAACGCCCCGAAAGAGGUUCAAAUGUCCCGAGUGUGCACAUGGCGAUGCACUUGGCCCAAACCAUGUCCAUUUCGUGGAAAGGUCUCUUUGCAUUCAAGAGUUUGUCAAGUUCUUUGGAAAACUACCUCUAAAGACUGCCGAGUUCCGUGCCGAUCCCGUGUUACACCAACACGAUGUCCCAUCAAGAAUUAAGAGAUUCAAAAACAUAGGUACAAUUUAGCGAAUUCAUUUCAAUUCGGCAUUUACAGUAGAAUAUUUAAUACAUAUAAUUUUAUGGCGUAGUUUGCGGAAGAAUCUUGUUUGUGAUUGGCCAAUGUGCCAAGCCAAUCAGGAACAUGCUUUUACGCACAAGCUAGGCGACGGCGCAAACUUUUUAUAAAGGUCUCUAAAAGAAGAAACGCUCUUUUGUAUAUGUGAUGUGCUGUCCCCUUGUCAUGCAUGCCCAUAUGUAAUAUGUUUAUUGCAUGCAACGUCUCAGUUUGAUCAAUUGAUAUGUUUCUUAAUUGUAUUGUUUUCGUGUUUUUGUAGCAAAUCUAUAUAAAAUAUCUUUUACAGUACUACAUAUACUACAUAUAUAAAUUAUCUUUCCUAUUUGUGUCAAGUCAAAGUUGAACUUCUCAGAAGGUAAAUCUUGAAUAUAAUUUUGCGCAUUUCGCUCGAUGGAGAUAAACAUCAGAGGGUUUUCGUGGUUUUUGGAAAAUCGAGCGGAAUUCCAAAAAAAAAAUUCCACUCUCUGAUUGUUAUCACCAUUGAGCGAAAUUCCUGAAAUUAUAUCAAUAAUUUAUACCUUUAUCUACAUAAUGGCAUUACAUCACCAUUUAUAUACAUGAAUCCUUCGUUCGCUCUGGUACAUCGUUCUGUGUAGCAAUACACCGAUAUCGCUCGAUUCCUGC